AAUAGGUUGAAAAUGACCGCGAAAGUAUAAAACCUUGCUAACGCCUAUCGGAAAUAUAUCUCAUUCAUUAUCUCCAAUUCUCAGAAUUCUCUCUCAAAUUCUUAGAACACAGUGAUUUAAUUGGAAUCAGAAAAUGGACGCAAGCACAAAGGUGAAGAAAGGAGCCGGUGGAAGGAAAGGAGGAGGACCAAGGAAGAAAUCGGUGACAAGAUCUGUUAGAGCCGGACUUCAAUUUCCCGUCAGUAGAAUCGGUCGUUUUUUGAAGAAAGGAAGAUAUGCUCAGCGUGUUGGUACCGGUGCUCCUGUUUACUUGGCCGCUGUUCUUGAAUAUCUUGCUGCUGAGGUUCUUGAGUUGGCUGGAAACGCAGCACGUGACAACAAGAAGAAUAGAAUUAGUCCAAGACAUUUGCUGCUGGCUGUGAGGAACGAUGAAGAACUUGGAAAAUUACUUGCUGGUGUUACCAUUGCUCAUGGUGGUGUUCUUCCUAACAUCAACCCUGUUCUUUUGCCUAAGAGGACUGAAAGUGCUUCUUCUUCUGCAAAGGAACCUAAAUCUCCAUCAAAGGCCAAGAAAACUCCCAAGAAAGCUUAGAUUUUGCUUCUCCCUUCUGUGUUGAUAUCUCUUAAUCUUAGUUUUUAGGCGUCUCUCUCUUUUUAAUAUAUAACAAGCAAUCAAUGUAAUUCCAAUGUCAUUAGUUAAUGAAAUCCUUUUAUUUUUAAUACACAAUGCUUUGCUGGUGUUUGUUUA